AUGGCAACUUCACUUCUAGGGGAAGAACCGAGGUUGGGAUCGACUCCUUUGGCCAUGCUCGCUGCUACCUGUAAUAAGAUCGGCAGCCCCAGCCCGUCUCCCUCCUCCCUCUCGGACAGCUCAUCUUCCUUCGGCAAAGGCUUCCACCCCUGGAAACGGUCCUCGUCCUCGUCCUCCGGCAGCUGCAACGUAGUGGGCUCCAGUCUCUCAAGCUUCGGCGUGUCGGGGCCCUCCAGAAACGGCGGCUCGUCCUCGGCCGCGGCGGCGGCCGCGGCGGCGGCGGCGGCGGCGGCAGCUCUGGUGUCCGACUCUUUCAGCUGUGGCGGCUCACCCGGCUCUAGCGCCUUCUCGCUAACCUCCAGCAGCGCCGCCGCGGCCGCCGCCGCCGCGGCCGCCGCCGCCUCGAGCUCUCCCUUCGCAAACGACUACUCGGUGUUCCAGGCCCCUGGCGUGUCGGGGGGCAGCGGCGGCGGGGGUGGCGGCGGCGGCUCCUCGGCGCACUCGCAGGACGGCUCCCACCAGCCCGUGUUCAUCUCCAAGGUGCACACCUCUGUGGACGGGCUGCAGGGCAUCUACCCGCGCGUGGGCAUGGCGCACCCUUACGAGUCGUGGUUCAAGCCCUCGCAUCCCGGCCUGGGCGCCGCCGGCGAAGUGGGGUCGGCCGGCGCCUCCAGCUGGUGGGACGUGGGCGCGGGCUGGAUCGACGUGCAGAACCCGAACGGCGCGGCGGCGCUGCCCGGCUCCCUGCACCCCGCCGCCGGGGGGCUCCAAACCUCGCUGCACUCGCCGCUCGGAGGCUACAACUCGGAUUACUCAGGCCUGAGCCACUCAGCCUUCAGCAGCGGCGCCUCUUCGCACCUGCUCAGCCCCGCGGGGCAACACCUCAUGGACGGCUUCAAGCCGGUGCUGCCCGGCUCCUACCCGGACUCGGCCCCGUCGCCGCUGGCCGGCGCGGGGGGCUCCAUGCUGAGCGCGGGGCCGUCGGCGCCUCUGGGGGGCUCCCCGCGCUCUUCGGCCCGCCGCUACUCCGGCCGCGCCACCUGCGACUGCCCCAACUGCCAGGAGGCCGAGCGGCUGGGCCCGGCCGGGGCGAGCCUGCGGCGCAAGGGCCUGCACAGCUGCCACAUCCCGGGCUGCGGCAAGGUGUACGGCAAGACGUCGCACCUCAAGGCGCACCUGCGCUGGCACACGGGCGAGCGGCCCUUCGUGUGCAACUGGCUCUUCUGCGGCAAGCGCUUCACGCGCUCCGAUGAGCUCCAGCGGCACCUUCGGACCCACACCGGCGAGAAGCGCUUCGCCUGCCCGGUGUGCAACAAGCGCUUCAUGCGCAGCGACCACCUGAGCAAACACGUGAAGACGCACAGCGGCGGCGGCGGCGGCGGCUCGGCGGGCUCGGGGAGCGGCGGCAAGAAGGGCAGCGACACCGACAGCGACCACAGCGCGGCGGGCAGCCCGCCCUGCCACUCCCCGGAGCUGCUGCCGCCCCCCGAGCCCGGGCACCGCAACGGCCUGGAGUGA